CUCAUAUUACAUUAGUCUAUGCAUUCUCAUUAUAGUAGUGGGUGCGCCGACCUGAGUAUAUGCAUUGGAUGCCGGCGAUCGCUGCGUCCAUCAUGACGCCAGCGCACGUCUAGUAUUCUUCUCUCACUAUCUCUCUCGCCCUCUCCGAUGGCGACUGCAUCUUACCUUGAACCCAAACGACGGCAAUUGAGAUUGGGAGGAUGCCCUCUACUAUGGUGUGGACGAAGCUAGAGUCUCAGAACGAGCAUUGGGGCGCGGAGGACGAAUACACGGAAGAGCAACUACUAGACAGCAAGGCCCGGCUACAGCGCUCUCUCAAACGUGCUAGACGAUGGAUGUUGGUUUUGGGUCUGCUGUCUUUUGUCUUGGCCGCCGUACUGUUGGCGCCGAGCUGGAUACGCGGGAGACGAUGGGACGACGGGAAGAGAAUAUUUGACGCAAGUGCUGCUCGAAAAGAGGUCGUGUUUGAUGAGGAGCCGAUGUACAUGGCUCAGAACAGUGAUGCAGCGUGGGAAGCUCUGACUCCGAGCCACGGUCUGGUCAACAUUCCGAGCGCGAAUGGCACCAGGACUGUCUAUGGGGUCUCCAUGUAUCAUCAGCUGCACUGUUUGAACAACAUUCGGAAGUUUUUCUGGACCACGCAAGUAGAAGACAAACCUACCGAUGACGUUCAUUCUGCACACGUGGCCGAUAUAGUUCACAUCGUCCACUGUUUCGACUACAUCCGACAAGGCAUCAUGUGCGCGGGAGAUACCACCUUGGAGAGUCCGGCGAGAAGAGUGCCACUUGCCGCCGAGAACGCGCGUUCCCCAAUCGAUGGGUCGGGAAUUUCUCAUUCUUGCGCAGACUAUGGUGCAAUCGAGGCCUACAUGCAGACACACGGUGCUUAUCCCAAGGAGUUGUGAGCUUUCUUGUCGUUCAGGCGAGCUUCGACGUGAACACCAGAGCCUUGGCAUGAGCGUUCGGCGGAGCCUUCGCAGUCGGCGAGGAGGCCUUCGAAGCCGGAGGAGGAGUGAAUGCUUGCAUGGCCAAAGAUGCUUCGCGCUGCGGCGGCUCGAUUCCCUGCAUAUUGUCGCCAUGUAGUCUCUUCAACUUCCCAAUUCCAGACUCACCAAGCUUGGCGCUCAUUCUCCCAAUUGCUCCAAUUUCUCCCUUCGAUUUGCCUGCCGUGCCACGUCAGCAUGGCAGACGGCAAUGUCACCCCCGCCGCGCCACCAUUCCGUCCUGUCCGAAUUCCCGGACAUUGACACUCUUCGAAGAGUUGAUGGGCCUCACCACCGGCCUCUUGCAUGGACGGCUGGGCCGCAGAAGAGAAGGACGACUUGGAGAUCACGCUGAGAUAC